AUGUACGGUAUUUUUCAGACACUCGUUCAAUCGUAUGAUGAUACCCAGGCAAACAUAACUAUGAAGGAAGUACAAGCCAACAAAGAUAGUCAGUCUCCUACAGUGAAUUGUGACCGUCUGGCCAUGGCACUCAGACCACACUUCAAAUCUUACAACGAUCUAAAUAGCAGCUUGAGAAAUCGUACAGUUGCCGAUCUGGAAAAGGUAUCUGAAGACGGCACAGCCAACCACCCAAGCAUCUCAGGCAAUCAGUGCUUCAAGAAUACUGUAAAAAUGGAAGAGGACUGUGUAAUCGGAGGUAUAGAAGAAGAGAUAGUAAGUGAUAUUGGACGUCUGGCCCUCGGAUUAAAUGAAAAGGAGAAAGAAAUUUCCAAUGACAUAUUUCAGAAGAUGAUGAAAACUUUAAUUGACGAAAAAUCCCAAGAAUUACCCGAUCCAACGUUAUCAUCGGCAGGAUCAGUAGUAUCAUAUACAGCAGUACCCAUGAAUAAAUCCAAAUAUAAAAGAAAUACGGGUUAUAUGGUACCAAUUGGGGCAACGCAUACUAACAUACUUAGCAAUGCAACUGCGAUCUCCGAUCAUAUGCUAGUUAAUACUGGUCAAUCUCAAAGCAGUGACAGGUGCUACAGCUCUAGCGGUAUCAACUAUGGUCUAUCUCAUCAACUUUCCUUCAGUGAGUCAAGUCAAAAGGGGUUGUUGCUUAGCCAUUCGCAAGAAGUCAUCAAUGCAUCUAUGACUCCAGACUUUAUACAAUCCUCUGGGCUAGAUCAGACUGAAAUGUCUCAAAUAACCCCUUUAAAUAGAGAACACAUAGAAACUGUAUUGCAAGCAGACAUAUUUGAUUCUAGUCAAGAAUACGUAACCAAUCCACCAAGAGUGUAA